UAAGAGCGUCUGCUAAAUGACAUAAAUGUAAUUUACAGCUAGCUAGCUAACUACCACGUUUUCUUGCUUAGCAUUGCUAGCUAGCCAACAAAAUGGGUUAGGUUGUGGUGUUGACCAAACGAAGCUCUCAGUUACUGGCGUUAUUGAACGUGAUUUCUAAACUUCCAGUCAUAACCAGACACUCCAGUUGAACCAGAAGUCUAGCUAACAGAUGGUUUAUCCAGCUAACAUUAGCUAGUUAGCAUUGCUGCAAUUCAAUCAGGGAUCUCCCAAUAACGUCAUGCAAUGGUGCUAAGAAGGUUACUGAGAAAACGUUGGGUGCUAGGUGUGGUGUUUGGACUGUCUUUGAUCUACUUCCUAACCAGCACCCUGAAACAGGUAGUUAAACUCUUGACAUCUCAGGUUUAUAUCUAGUCCAAAGGACUGGAAUACAGAUUUAUAAAUACAUUUGAUUGAUUGAGGUCCAGCUCUGGGCUAUACUACUUUAUGUCAAACCACACCACAUGCAGCAAGGUCUUUACUUUUGGCUAUACAAUAUGUGUGUGUGAGAUGUGUUGUGUUAUGCAGGAGGAGAGAACCAUACGGGAUCGUAACCUGUUGGAGGCCAGGGACCCGGACCACCCGAUCCCAUGGAAAGUCAGGUUCAACCUGGGCAACAGUAGCAGGCAGAUCAUUCAGUGCCGGAACUCCAUUCAGGGCAAAACGCUGCUCACAGAUGAACUGGGUGAGUUAUGAACCUAACUGGACUCAUUCACUCACUUGUUAUCCCUUAGGGAAAUGACGCCUCUAUCUCAAACUGUGUUUCUGUGAUUCCUCAAGACCUCCUCACAAUCUCCUCACCUCCUUUUCAAACGUAUUUGAGAAGAAUGCACAAGGUCCCUCCCCCCAGUCCUUCUUCUCCAAUGCGUUUUAAGGAAAGAUGAUGCGAGAAAAGCCCCUAUCAUUGAGGUAUUAUGAAAGACCACUUCAAUGUCCCCACAGGUUAUGUGUGUGAGAGAAACGAUCUGCUGGUGAAUGGUUGCUGUAAUGUCAACGCCCCCAGCUCAAGACAGUACAUCUGUAAAAGCUGUCUGGCCAACGGCUGCUGCAACAUCUACGAGCACUGUGUGUCCUGCUGCCUCCAGCCUGAUAAGGUAUUCAAGCUGUGGCACUCUUGUUGUGCUGCAUCCAACAGCAAAAUUGUUUGUUCCAAAUGAGAAUUUGUAACUUUUGCAUUUACAUAUUUUCAGUCAAUGGAGUCAGAUCUUGAUCUUAGCUUGGCAUCUUUAACUUUCCAUUGUUUUCAUCUGAACCUUUUGCAGUGGUUGUGUUAUGACUAAUCCAUGUUAGGAAUACCAGAUUUUGAUCUGAACGUUGCACCUCUACCUCUCUCUCGCUCUCUCUCAUAUUUUCUCCUCUCUUCUCUCUCAGCAACCUCUUCUAGAGAGUUUCCUGAACCGAGCUGCAGAUGGCUUCCAGAACCUAUUCACAGCCGUGGAGGACCACUUUGAGUUGUGUUUAGCCAAGUGUCGGACUUCAUCGCAGGUAGGUUGAGUUGUCUACAUGAAACAAACAAGGAUAACAGGGCCCAGAUUCACAAAACACUUCUUACGCCAAAAAUGUAAUAAGCUUCUUAAGAAAAUAAGUUCAUAAGAUAGUUCGUAAGUGCAUUUCCUCAACAAUAUCUUAAGAUUUAAUGAUUUUCUUACGAAUCUUCUUAAGAUGUUUGUUGCUAGGCAACCGAUUUAGCUAGCUUUUAUCGAAAAAAUUACAGUUAAGAAGAAAUGUAUUCUUAAGAAGGUUUUUUUGAAUCUGUGCCCAGGUCUCUGAUCACUCCCUGACCCUACCCACAUCCUGUCAUGCAGAGAUGGCGAGAGAAAUUGAUGGAAAGCAUUCUAAUGGUUGUGUUUACCCUCUCUUUUUGCUUCUGUAGAGUGUCCAACAUGAAAAUACCUACAGAAAUCCACAAGCAAAAUACUGUUAUGGAGAAAGUCCACCUGAACUCCUGCCAAUAUGAUUGUUUGGUACCUACAAGACUGUAUAGAAACUAAUAACGG